AUGGUAUCACUCAAACUUCAUCUCAACUCCCGACUAUUCAACAACUUGAACCAAGUUGGUACGAGAAUCUCGGACGACGCUCUUUAUGGAGUCCAGCUUGGUCUGUACGUGAUCGGAUACAGAGAGUACAAGGACAAGGAUGAUGAGAUCAAAAAAUUCCGUCCUGAACAUCGCGUUUUGGCACGCUUGGCGACUUACACCAAUCGCAACAGUACGAAUAUCGCCUGGAAGCCUCAGGAGGAGGUUCAACAAUGGUAUUUGACCGACUGGGAGCGUUGGAACACGUUGUAUACAUACCGUGUAGGUUACUUGAAACUGGCUCCCAUGCGACCAAACGAUCAAAACGGGACGGAGAUGCUGGCUGGGUAA